AUGGCGGCGCUGGCCAGCAGCCUGAUCAGGCAGAAGAGAGAGGUACGAGACCCUGGGACCAGCCGACCGGUGUCAGCCCAACGGCGAGUGUGCCCAAGGGGGACUAAGUCCUUGUGUCAAAAGCAGAUACUGAUUCUGCUCUCCAAGGUCCGUCUGUGUGGGGGGCGACGGGCGCGGCCAGACAGGGCCCCGGAGCCCCAGCUCAAAGGCAUCAUCACAAAGCUUUUCUGCCGUCAGGGUUUCUAUCUCCAGGCCAAUCCAGAUGGAAACGGCUCAGUGCAUUGGCUGCCCCCUGCCAUUUACCGAAGCAGCUGUAGUAUCCAGGUCCUUGUCUUCUAG